UAAUUAUGCUUGAGUAAACUACUUAAGGUAUAUGCAUUAUUUCUCCUGUAAGCACAUAGAAUAGGCUAAUUUCCCCGAUUAACAAGGUGUGACAAUAUGUAUGAAUUUGUGCCUACCAGGGAAGCUUAUUAGACUUAAUGCCUGUUAUUAUUUGGGGUCACAGGGGCUGAUCUUCGAGUUAUUUCUGUGAGUUUUGAAUAGAGUAGUAGACUUUCAGAAUGAGAACUGUUCAUAACAUAGUUUGUAUAAAUCACUUAUGGUAGGUGAUUUAUCAUUUAUGUCCAUGCAAUCUGCACUAAAUGUUAAAUUUUCUCAUGCUGUCAAAACUUAAACAUUAUGAGCAAGAAUUUCUAAGGGCAAGCAGGCUGUUGCAUGCUAAUUGGCCUCUGUUCUGAACAUCAAAUGGUUGGACUUUCUUAAGGUAGGAAGUAGACAUGCGCUGUAGAAAGACACAGCUGUAGAAAGCAGCAGCACAUCCUGUGCCCUGUGCGCAGCAGUGAGAGGAGUGUCCCUCCAGCGCUCUGUCCUUCAGAACCACCCAAAUCCUGUAGUAGAACUUCUGAGUUGUAGCACAAAUUGUGUGGAUAGUACAGAAUUGUAAGAUCAUAUUAUCAAUAGAGUCUAUGAAAUGUUUAGGAUUCUGUGACGUUUGAGGAUGUUGCUGUGAGCUUCACCCAGGAAGAGUGGGCUUUGCUGGAUCCUUCUCAGAAGAACCUCUACAGAGAUGUGAUGCUGGAAACCUGCAGGAACUUCACUUUUGUAGGAAACAAUUGUGAAGAUGAGAAUAAUAAAGACCAUUGUAAAAGUUCUGGAAAAAAUCUCAGAAGUUCCAUGGUCAAGAUGUUCUGUGAGCAUAAAGAAGAUCUUCAGAGUGGAGAAACUUUCACGUGGAUAGCAAAUGCCAAUAUGAGCAUGAACAUUUUUAGUGACCUAACACCAUGUGAAAGCAAUGUGUGUGGGAAGGUUUCCAUGUGUCAUUCACUCUUCCAUAACCAUCCGACCUCUCACUCUGAGCACAAACCAUGUGAGCAUGAGGAGUAUGGAAACAAGCCCCAGAACUCUAACUCUCUCACAAGCUGUCAAAGACAUAUGAGAACUUACACUGUGCGUUUGUUGGUAAUAGAUCAGGAAACACACAGUGAAAAACCACUCUAUAGAUACAAAGAAUAUAGAAAGGCCUCUGCUGAUGGCAGUUCACUUCACACAUCUGGACGAACUCAAACUGUAAGAAAGCAUUAUCAAUGUAAUGUAUGUGGGAAACAGUUGAGUUCUUCCACUUCUCUUCAAGGACAUGAAAGAAUUCAUAGUGUUGAAAAAUUACUUGAAUAUAAACAAUGUGGUAAAGGCUUUAGACAUAACACUUAUCUUCAUAUGCAUACUGGAGAGAAACCAUAUGAAUGUAAACAGUGUGGUAAGUCCUUUAGAUGGCAGAGAUAUCUUAAGUUACAUGAAAAUAUUCAUGCUGGAGAGAAACCAUAUGAAUGUAAACAGUGUGGUAAGGCCUUUAGAUGGCAGAGAUAUCUUAAGUUACAUGAAAAUAUUCAUACUGGAGAGAAACCAUAUGAGUGUAAGCAAUGUGGUAAGGCCUUUACAUUUCGUAAUUCCUUAUUGUUACAUGAAAGAAGACAUACUGGAGAAAAACCGUAUGAAUGUAAACAAUGUGGUAAGGCCUUUGGAUGUAAGAGUAAUCUUCAAAGGCAUGAAAAAACACACACUGGAGAGAAACCCUAUGCAUGUAAACAAUGCAGUAAAGCCUUUAUUGGAUACAGUGACCUUCAAGUACAUGAAAAAAUUCAUGCUAGAGAAAAACAAUAUGAAUGUAAACAAUGCGGUAAAGCCUUUAGAGGUAACAGUUAUCUUCAAAGUCAUGAGAAAAUGCAUACUGGGGAAAAACCAUAUGAAUGUGAACAAUGUGGUAAGGCCUUUAGAUGGCACAGAUAUCUUAAGUUACAUGAAAAAAUUCAUACAGUAGAGAAACCAUAUGAGUGUAAACAAUGUGGUAAGGCCUUUAGAUGGCAGAGAUAUCUUAAGUUACAUGAAAAAAUUCAUACUGGAGAGAAACCAUAUGAAUGUAACCAAUGUGGUAAAGCCUUUAGAUGGCACAGAUAUCUUAAGUUACAUAAAAAGAUUCAUACUGGAGAAAAACCAUAUGAAUGUAAACAGUGUGGUAAGGCCUUUGGACAUAACAGUCAUCUUCAUAGACAUGAAAAAACACAUACUGGAGAAAAACCGUAUGAAUAUAAAUGAGUUGAAGACUUCAGAUGCCACAGGGAUAGAGACAUGACAGGUUCAUACUACACAAAACCCUGUGAUUACCAACAGUGUGGAAAAGCCUUUAGAAGUCAAUCAUGUUUCCAUGAAAGAAUUCAUAUUUUAGUAAAUCUAUGAAUGCAAACAGUGUGGUAAAGCCUUUAGAUGACAUAGUUAUCGUUAUGUGAAAAUUCAUAUUGGACCAAAACGAAAUGAAUGAAAGCAAUGCAAAUCCUACAUUUGUAUAUUUAUCUUACAUUACAUGAAAAAUUCAUACUGGAGAAAAACCCUCAGUGCAAAGACUGGAAACCUUUACAUUUCAUAGUUCCUUACAGUUACAAGAGGAAAUUAACUGUGGCAAAGAACGUGAAUGUGAAUGAUGCCUAUAAUUGUUAAACUUCCUAAAUUACAUGGCAGAGCAAUUUCAUACCACUUUCAAUGUCAAAUAAUCAUGGGAGAAAAUUCCUCAAAAUGUAAAAUCCAAGUAUUGUUAAUGUUUUAUAUGAGUUCACUUCAGUUAGGGAAAAUUCAACUCUCAAGCCUUUCAGAAUAUAAACAACAGGGGCAAGGAUCAAGCUGUCACAGUUCCCAACAGCAACAGUGUUGUGUGAGAUUUUUCCUGGGGAGACCUGAGCAAAUGUUAACUCACCUGAGACAGGAAACUAAUGACACAAAAUAAUUCUACCAAAGUCCAAUUAGGUGAACCAAGGAUUUUAUGAGGUUACUUCGAGGAGCAUGGACAAGCACAAACA